GUACGAGCCUUUAUGAGUCUCCUUAGUCCUUCCUGCUCAUGAUUCAGGAAAGUUCAGACAAAGAAGGGCAAUUAAAUUCAACACCAACUUCAUCGCAUUCACACCCAUAGUUCCAACUUCGAUUUCUAUUCUCCUCGUCCUUAUCUAUCGCCAUCUCCCUCCACAAGCGGUAAUACCCUACAUCGUUGUACUGCUCGACCCGUAAGGAUUCUGUUGGUAUCCGGAUCAAGAUCGUCCAUGGAGGAAAGCGGAUCGGACCCUCUAGGCUUUCGAUUAGAUAUCAAACAAAUAUUACUGGAAGCACAUCAUCGGUGGCUAAGACCAGCUGAAAUUUGUGAAAUUUUGCGGAACUACCGAAAGUUCCACAUUACACCAGAACCGCUGUAUAAGCCAGUCAGUGGUUCUGUUUUUCUUUUUGAUCGGAAGGUGCUCCGAUAUUUUCGUAAAGAUGGUCAUAAUUGGCGGAAGAAAAAGGAUGGAAAAACUGUAAAGGAAGCUCAUGAGAAGCUAAAGGUCGGAAGUGUUGAUAUGCUGCACUGCUAUUAUGCACAUGGUGAAGAAAAUGAAAAUUUUCAACGGCGUAGCUAUUGGAUGCUUGAACAGGAUCUCAUGCACAUAGUUUUUGUGCACUACUUGGAGAUCAAGGGUACUAAAGCGAUGAGAAGUACUGGACCAACUCAAUCAAAUUCUUUAGAUGUAAGUUCAAUGUCGGUCAGUUCAGGAAAUUGCACUAAACUGACUUCUACUUCAGUUGAUUCUCCUAGUCCAACAAGCACUCUUACAUCAGCAUAUGAAGAUGUUGAAUCUGAAUGCAGUAAUCUCAGAACUGCUGGGUUGCAAUCAUUCCCCGAGAUAGCUGCUAUAGCUGGAAGUUAUUCAGUGGAUAAUGUUGAUACAGUUCCCUUCCAUUAUCCUGCAGGGUCUCAGCAUGUGGCUGAUUUCGCAUCUUGGGAAGAUUUUUUGGAGAGUUGUACAAAAGGUGAUAUUGCUUUCAAUCAGGAUACCACGAGUCCUCUAGUCCAGACAAAUUGGCAGUACCACUCUGAGGAUCCUGCAUCGCAAUAUCAUGAGCAGCCUGUCCAGCAAGUUGCAAUGUGCGACUCAGAUUUUACCAUGGGAAGGUUUCCGAAUAAAAAUUAUCUUCCAGAAUAUUUCUGCAACUCUACUGUACCAUUGAACACGUGUCUUAACGGAACAGCAGAGCCACCUAUGGCUAUGAGUAGUCAAGGCCAUUCUAGUUCCGAUAAUAAUGUGCAGAUGUUUGGGAAUGAAGAGUACUUUAUAAAGAAGCAUCCACUUUUGGAUGGUUCUGGUGUGAAAGAAGGAUUGGAUAAAGUUGACAGCUUCUCCCGAUGGGUUGAUAAAGAACUUGGAGAUGUUGUGGAGUUUCAAAUGCAAUCAAGUAAUGGGAUUUCAUGGUCUGCUAUAGAGAGUGAGGAUAGUGAUUCUUGUAUACCUUCUCAAUUGCAACUGGGUUCUGAUUCACUGAAUCCGUCACUAUCUCAGGAACAACUUUUCAGCAUCAUUGAUUUUUCACCAACUUCGGCAUAUUCAAACAUAAAAACUAAGGUGAUCAUUACAGGAAAGUUUCUUAAGAGUGAAAAAGAAAUGGAAGAAUGCAACUGGUCAUGCAUGUUUGGAGAAGUUGAGGUCCCAGUUGAAGUUUUGCCAAAUGGGCUACUCUGUUGUUAUAGUCCCCCACACAGGGCUGGGACAGUCCCAAUUUACAUAACUUGUUCUAACAGGUUGGCCUGUAGUGAAGUAAGAGAGUUUGAAUAUCGAGAUGGACCUGAUAGAUACACUAAUACUGGUGAUAUUCAUAUGAUGAGGGUUCCUCUCCAUGAGCGCUUUGAAUUUCUGUUGCGUUUGGGACCCACAGUCGAUCAUUCCAGCUCAGACAAUCUUGUGGAGAAACAAACUGUAGUGAAUAAACUUAUCUCCCUAAUGGAGGAGGAAAAUCUUUGUAUGACAGAUUUUAGGGACCUUUGUGAGCCCAAAAAGAGGGAGUCACCACUUUCUGAAAAAGAGCUUAAAGAAAGGUUCUACACGUGGCUUCUCCAUAAAAUGACUGAAGACGGAAAAGGACCAGCUUUUGUAGAUGAAGAAGGUCAAGGUGUAAUUCAUUUGGCUGCUGCGCUUGGGUAUAAUUGGGCGUUGAAUCCAGUUAUAGUAUCAGGAGUUAGAAUAGAUUUUCGUGAUGUAAAUGGAUGGACUCCACUUCAUUGGGCUGCAUUCUACGGCAGGGAGGAGACAGUUGCGGCUCUUGUUUCUCUGGGUGCAUCCGCUGGAGCAUUAACAGAUCCAUCUGCUGAGUUUCCGUUGGGUAGAACUCCUGCAGAUUUGGCAUCUGCAAAUGGCCACAAGGGAAUUUCUGGAUUUCUAGCAGAGUCAUCUCUGACCAUACAUCUUGCAACCCUUACAGUGAUUGAUGUAAAGGAAAACAUCACUUCAAAAACAAAAGAGAUGCAAAGUGUUCCAGCAACUACUGAUAUUGCAUCAGAUAUGUCACUGAAGGAUUCACUUGCUGCUGUGCGUAAUGCUACCCAGACAGCCGCUCGCAUACAUCAAAUUUUCAGGGUCCAGUCCUUCCAGAGGAAACAGCUGGGAGUUCUAUGUGGUGAUGACUUAUCAAGUGAUGAGCAUGCUGUUUCUAUGGUUGCUUGUAGAAAAUCAAGGCUGGGCCAUACUGAUCGAAUUUCCCAUUCUGCUGCAACACAAAUCCAGAAAAAGUAUCGUGGUUGGAAGAAGAGAAAAGAGUUCCUCUUAAUCCGUCAAAGGGUUGUUAAAAUUCAGGCACAUGUGAGGGGGCAUCAAGCAAGGAAAAAGUAUAAACCAAUAAUAUGGUCGGUGGGAAUUCUGGAGAAGGUAAUAUUGCGCUGGAGGCGUAAAGGAAGUGGGUUGAGGGGGUUCAAAUCUGAUGCAGUUGCAAAGCCCAUCAUGGAAGAAUCAUGCGUGGAAGAUGAUUAUGAUUUUCUCAAGGAGGGAAGGAAACAGACUGAAGAAAGAAUGCAAAAGGCCCUUUUGCGGGUAAAAUCUAUGGCUCAGUAUCCCGAGGCACGUGCACAAUAUCAUAGAAUGCUUACUACUGCUGAAGGGUUCCGUGAACUGAAGGACGACGCAUCACCUAUAACAGCUGGGAUUUCUAAGGAUGAGAUUUUCCAAGAUGACGAUGACCUACUCGAUAUCAAUUCCUUGCUGGGGGAUGAUGCAUUCAUGUCUAUAGCAUUUGAAUGAUCCGUUGGAUCCACCAGCCUACCUUUGCUUUUGGUCUCCUUUCAUGAAUGACUAAGUGAUUAACUCAUUAUGGUUGUUUAUAAUGAAAUAUAAGAUUAGUGGUUAAUUUGUUUUGUAAAUACUUAGUUUAGAUGGGAGUGAGUAGAUGAGGAUAUGAGAUCAAGUGCAGUUCAAACUUAAGCUAUAUAUAUAGUCUUUGUAUUAUUGACUAUAUAGUUGUACUUUUUAUGUGAGCCGACUUAUUGAUACACGCAAUUAGCUAUUUAUACAAAUAAGAGAUGAAGGCAAUUAAAAAAAUAGUAUUGGUGCACGAAGACUAUUGGUAUUGGACGAGUUAUGGAUAAGAGUUGUGGACGGCUGAGCAAAAGGCGGUGGCUUUAGAGCGGAAGACAGUGUCGCUGAACUGCAGCAUUAAUGCCUUGUCAAAGCAUUCAUGUGAAAGUGUUGAAAUGACCAAACAACACUCUCUUCCUAUACGUAUUUCACUCCCAGCAAAUGACUCUAUCACCUCUCUAAUGCACCCAUCUACCUUAAUCAGUGCUGUCGAGCAGUCGGGAAUUAGCGGUGGCGCCACUGCUGGUGAAGGUGAUGAUAAUGGUGGAUUUGUAGUGGUGGGCUGUGGAGGUGGCUGGCAGCAGUUACCAGUGUGCCUUUGGGGGUUCUGGGUUACAGUGCGCAACCGAGGCAAUUGUUGGGGAUGCUGGCGAUUGUUCUGGAGAUGGUGGUGUAGCUGUGGUGGUGAUGGUGGUGGAUAUUGGCGGUGGUUAUGAGAGUGGUGAUGUGGCCGUGGGGGUGGAUGUCGAUGCCGGAUCUGGGAAUGGUGAUGUGACUCGUGUGGUGGUGGGGGUGAGGGUGGGAGUGGCCGUUGGAUCACUGGUAAUGGAGCGGGUUCGACAUUUGGCGGGACUGGAGGUUGGUACAACACAGGCGGUGGGUACCAUGUAGGCGGUUGGUACCACCAUGAAGUAGGUUGAGGGCUUAUGUUCCAUGGCGGCAUCACCGGAAUAAUAAGCGGACACCUCAUGAUUACACAGUACCAAGCCGUCGUUUUUUGCUGUGUCGGAGAACUGCCUCUGGCAAAUGCUGGAACAAACAAUAAUGAGAUUAUCAGUAGUGCGACACUAUUGGACAUGAUGGAUGAUAAUAUGAUAUGAGGGAAAAUAAAGCUUGUUAGUCAAUGAAGUGUUUAUGCAAUGAUACAAAUUUGUAGUUGAAAGAUCGAUUGAUUUAGUUAUAAAGUUGCGAG